AUGGCUGGGCUCUGUGCUCUGCUCGUCGCCGGCGCGCUGUUCGUGGCGGCGACGGCGAGCAUGGUAGGAGGGGUGGCUGGGUUCUACGUACCGCCGCCUGGCCCUGCUGCUGCGUGCGGGCUCAAGGUCGGGUACUACCGUGACAGGUGCCCGCACGCCGAGGACAUCGUCAGGGGCGUCGUCGGCGCCGCCGUCCUCCGGGACCCCGGCGUCGGCGCCGGCCUCAUCCGCAUGCUCUUCCACGACUGCUUCGUCGAGGGAUGUGAUGCCUCCGUGCUGCUCGACCCGUCGCCGGCCAACCCGCAGCCGGAGAAGCUCGCCCCACCCAACAACCCCAGCCUCCGCGGCUUCGAGGUCAUCGACGCCGCCAAGGCCGCCGUCGAGGCGGCCUGCCAGGGCGUCGUCUCCUGCGCCGACGUCGUCGCCUUCGCCGCGCGCGACGCCUCCUUCUUCCUCAGCAACAGCAGGGUGGCGUUCCAGAUGCCGGCGGGCCGCCUCGACGGCCGCUACUCCAAUGCCUCGCGCGCCCUCGACUUCCUCCCGCCGCCGACCUUCAACCUCGCCCAGCUCGUCGCCAACUUCGCCGUCAAGGGGCUCAGCGUCGAGGACAUGGUGGUGCUCUCCGGCGCCCACACCGUCGGCCGCUCGCACUGCUCCUCCUUCGUCCCCGACCGCCUCGCCGCCCCCUCCGACAUCGACCCGUCGUUCGCCUUCACGCUUCGUGGCCAAUGCCCGGCGAGCCCGAGCCCAGGCAACGACCCCACGGUGGUGCAGGACGCCGUGACGCCCAACACGCUGGACAGCCAGUACUACAAGAACGUGCUCGCCCACAGGGCGCUCUUCACAUCGGACGCGUCGCUCCUUGCGUCGCCGGCGACGGCGAAGAUGGUGGUGGACAACGCCAACAUCCCCGGGUGGUGGGAGGACAGGUUCAAGGAGGCCAUGGUGAAGCUGGCCGCCGUCGAGGUGAAGACCGGCGGCAACGGCGAGGUCAGGAGGAACUGCCGGGCCGUCAACUGAUUACUAGCUCGGACAAUCCUGAGCAAUUAAACAAGCAUGCUUAAUUAGUGUUUACUGUUCCAAGCCUAUCUUGUUCGUUUGUUAACAGCUGCAUCGAUCUUUGUUUGUUCAUUCCUUCUUUAUUAAUUGUUGAUGUUCAUGUAUUGGGGCUGGUGCGCGAGUCAGCGAGUGUAUUAUCAUGUUGAGACUGUUUUUCAGUCACCAAAUAAUAUAAAUCUCAGUUAACUUUU